AUGACUAGCGUCGCGCGCUUCCUCUUCUCUUCUUCUUCUUCACUUCGUUUAGCCCACGUUUAUCCCACCAGUCUUCGACGAGGAGCGUCUUCUGCCGCCUCAGCCUUCGCCCACUACCCUCCUCGACGACGACCUCCAACGUCCACCACGCGACCCUACUCCUCGACGACUCCGGAGCGGUCGACCCUCGCCAAACCUCCCCCCACCCCCACCAUCUCGCUUGCGACAAUGGCCGACCAGAUCACGGCGCAGCUCGAGAAGCUUUCCGUGAGCAAGCUCGAGUCCUACCCCGGCUGCUACCCCGAAGUCAACCCCAUCGACGUCUACCGCUCCCACAUCACCUCGCUGCUGCAGCCUGUUACCGGCGUUGAGAGCACUAUCAUCUACAACGCCCUUCAAUGGACCCAGAGCUUGGAUAAAGGCGACUUGGUACUGGCUGUCCCUGCUCUUCGCAUCAAGGGCAAGAAGCCUGCGGAUCUCACUGCUGAGUGGCUCGACAAGAUCCCCGAGUCUCCCUUGAUCGAGAAGCCCGUUUCUUUCCAGAAUGGCACUUUCCUCCAGUUCUGGUUCAAGCCCGGCCCCCUUUCCCAGCUUCUGAUCCCCCAGGUCCGGUCCCGUGGCGUCGACUUUGGCAAGAACCCCAACAACGGCCUCAAGAACCCCGAAGACAAGUCCCAGGGCAAGAAGAAGAUCAUUGUCGAGUUCUCCUCCCCGAAUAUCGCGAAGCCUUUCCACGCUGGUCACUUGCGAAGCACCAUCAUUGGUGGCUUCAUUGCCAACCUGUACGAUGGCGCCGGCUGGGAUGUGACCCGUAUCAACUACCUUGGUGACUGGGGAAAGCAGUAUGGUCUCUUGGCUCUGGGCUUUGAGAGGUUCGGUAGCGAGGAGGCGCUUGCCGCCGAUCCCAUCAACCACCUGUACGAGGUCUACGUCAAGAUCAACAGGGAUAUGGCCGACGAGAAGGAUCAGAUCACCGCAAAGGAGCAGGCUGGGGAGGACGUCACCGCGCUCAAGGACAACAGCCUCGACGAGCAGGCUCGCAAGUACUUCAAGGCCAUGGUUGACGGAGACGACAAGGCUGUUGCUCAAUGGAGACGAUUCCGUGAUCUUAGUAUCAAGCGUUACAAGGAGACCUACGCCCGUCUUAACAUCCACUUUGACGAGUACUCGGGCGAGUCCCAAGUCUCCGAGGAGGAUAUGGAGGCUGCUGCCAAAAAGCUCGAAGACAUGAACAUCUCCGAAAAGUCAGAAGGCGCUGUCAUCAUUGACUUCGCUAAGCACAUUCCCGGAAAGCCGGGCAAGAGCUUGGAGCGCCCCAUCAUUCGCAAGAAGGACGGCACAGCUCUGUACCUGACCCGUGAUAUCAGCGAACUUCUCCACCGCCAAAAGAAGUACAACUUUGACCACAUGAUUUACGUCAUUGCCUCUCAACAAGAUUUGCACUUGAAGCAGCUCUUCAAGAUUAUCGAGCUUAUGGGCCACGGCGAGACGGCCAAGAAGUGCCAGCACAUCAACUUUGGUAUGGUUCUGGGAAUGAGCACCCGCAAGGGUACUGUCAAGUUCUUGGAUGACAUUCUGCGCGACGUCGGAGACAAGAUGCACGAGGUGAUGAAGAAGAAUGAGGCCAAGUAUGCUCAGGUUGCGGAACCGGAGGCUACGGCCGACAUUCUUGGCAUCAGCAGUGUGAUGGUGCAGGAUAUGAGUGGAAAGAGGGUCAACAAUUACAAGUUCGACAUGGACACCAUGACCUCGUUCGAGGGUGACACCGGACCGUACCUCCAGUACGCCCACGCUCGCCUGUGCUCCAUCUUCCGCAAGGCUGGAGUCGCUGAGGAGGAGAUUGCAAAGGCCGAUCUUGGCUUGCUGACGGAGAAGCAUGCUAUUGAGCUGAUCCGCGUCAUUAGCCAGUACCCCGACGUUGUCCAGAACACUCUCAAGACCUUGGAGCCCACGACUGUGCUUACGUAUCUGUUCCGCCUCACGCACGUCGUCAGCAGCAGUUACGAUGUGUUGCGUAUUGUUGGAAGCGAAGCUGAGCUCCAGAAGGCCCGCUUGGCGCUGUACAUGGCCGCCAGGACCGUGCUCUUCAACGGCAUGCGUCUCUUGGGACUGUCCCCUGUCGAGAGGCCGAUACAACGGCUACUAGCCAUCAGCCACAUUGUGGUGCUAUUCCAUAAUGGCCGACGGCACGAACCGGUGUGGCGUCGCACAAAGUCAAGACGUUUUCGAUCAAAGAAGCCACCGACCGUUUCGGUGUACUACAAAUCCCCGUGGCCGUCUGUGGCCGUCGUCGUUAUCGUCGGACAGACAGCAUGA